AGACUGAUUUAUGUUUAAUUUAACGAUAAAAUCACUUAUUUGAUUAUUUCGGCAUCUUGUAAAAAUGUUAAUUUAUUUGUUUCUUUCGGUUAUUUUAAGUGUGUCAUUUUUAAAUGCUGAAGAGAAUAAGACUUUAUUCUGUAUCGUGGAUUGUGACAGCCCUGGCUUUAUAAUUUUAGAGCCUGCCAUUGGAAAAGACUCGACUCAAGUAGAUUCUCGCUCAAUUUUUCUGGACAACAGCACAGUUACGUUUAAUACUACUCUUCCAGAUAAGUGGACUCUUAUUAGUUCCUUAAAUAAUAAUGACAAUAAAUUUCAUGAGCAUGUCUCUGAUCAGCGUUGGGAAACGUUGCCAAACAGUCACAGUGAGAUCGCAAAAAUUAUGAGAGCUUUGGAAAACGCCACAGUAUCAGUUUUUUUAAGCGUGAGGCUAAAUAAGAACGAAACAUCACUAAUAAAUGGCAGCAAAAUAGGGUGGAAUCUUUUGAUGAAAAAUGGCUCAGAAACGUAUUUAUGUGACAACCACCAAACAUCCUGUACCGAAUCACAUUUACGGUUAGAAAAAAGUGUCUCUGAGUUGUUCAAUAACUUAUUCAGUGCCUUAUGGAAACUGCACGAUUACACGUAUUUUUACACUGAGAAGAUCACAAAUACCGAAAUUUACACAAAAAGGGAAAGUUGUAGUUAUGUACGAAAGGGCUGUCUUGUAAUGUAUCUAGCAAUGUGCAAGAACUGUAACAUGACAGUUUUGUUAAAUCCAAACACAGUUGCGUAUUCCGUCAAUGGAAGAAACAAUAGCAUAAUGGGCACUGGCACAUGGAUGACUGUAGAAAUAGACUUGGGCAAUUUUACAGAUUGUUUCAGCCUUGCAGCUGAAACAAUCGCUCGUAAUGGCUCAGAAGACGUAUUUUGGGCCAUCGGUGACACAAUCUACAUUUCAACCACUCUGAGUUGCCACAAAAAUAAGCGCUACAUUUCGCUCGACACCACGAAAAAAUUGACUGAUUUUUUUUGCGAAACUGUGACAAACAAGCCACUUAACUUUAGCACCCAGCUUUUGAAACCUUUGAACAAGACAGAAAAAUUCCCUCUAACAACCACCAAGAACGAUACAGUUCCGACCAACAAAGCUAGCUCGUUUAGUGUAGUUUACAUAAUUAUUAUUGCUCUACUAAUAACAAUAAUUAUAACAACAGUGGUUGCAGUUCUUUGUAAAAGACGAUUUUGGGCACGGACACCAACUGAAGCAAGUGUGGCGUUUGAUUCGGUGCGCUUACUUGACAUAGCAUCCAACUCUGAAACAAUUGAUCGAAAAGACUGGCCUUUGCCGAUUAAACGCGGCGAAUUUGAAGACUACAUUCACAAAAACUGUGACUUGAGAGAAAGUUCCACUGAGCUCCAGUUACAAUUUUCUGCUCUUCCGUCCGGAUAUCUCAAAGAGUGUAAUGAGGGGAAAAAAGAGGCGAAUUUGGCCAAAAAUCGAUACCCGAAAAUACUUCCUUACGAUGAUACCCGAGUUAAGCUUAAAGCAAAUUUAGGUGAUACAGGCACUAGUGACUACAUUAACGCCAGUUAUAUCAAAGGAUUUAACAGUGAUAAGGAAUACAUCGUGACCCAAAACCCGCUAGAAAACACCGCUGUUGACUUCUGGAGGAUGAUUUCGCAGGAACAGGUCGAACACAUUGUGAUGAUCAGCAACAAAGAGGAGGGGGUCCACCAAUAUUGGCCCCAAUUUAAUAAAACGGAGUCGUACGGAGGAAUCGAAGUUUCGUUCACAGAACACGACAUGUACGAAUUCUACGACCACCGUGUGUUCACCAUCACGUGCUUUGGUGAAAACAGAGUGAUAAACCAAUUUCAUUUUCACGCCUGGUCGAAAGAGAUGCUUGCAGCGUAUGUCUUUGCCGAUUUCAUCAACCGGCUCCUGAUGAUUCCGCACCAAAGCGCCCCUGUGGUCUUCCACUGCAAGGCCGGGGUCGGGAGAUCAGCCACUAUACUUUUGUGCGACAUUGCCCUGCGCUCAGUUGCCAUAACUGGCAAUUUUGACUUGUUCUCCAUCACGAAAACCAUGAGGGAAUGUCGCGUGGACAUGGUCCAGAAUAUUAGGCAAUACGUUCUCGCCCACUUAAUUAUCUACGAAGCUUUGAAUUACAAAGAUCUGGCGAUUGGACUGGACGAGGACUGCGAGAAUAAUUUCAGUAAAUACUUCGAAGGCAAUUUGGUGAAAAGGCUGUGGUCCAGUUAUUUGGAAAAUAGGGAGUGGAUUGAUGAAGUUAUAAUGCCCUACCACAUUUGCGCAAACUACCCCAAGUUGAAUCGCUACGUUGACCCUAAUCUGCUCCCAGUCGAACACAGUCGGGUUAAACUUAACGGUUUGGAAGAAGCUGACUACAUUCACGCAAUGUAUGUGAACGAUUACAACCAAAUGAAGAACUUUAUUGUGGCCCAGCAACCAAUGAGAGCCACAAUGACCAAUUUCUGGUUGAUGGUUUUAGAAAAAUCGGUCACUACAAUUAUUAAUUUACACGAACUGGACCCGAGAUGUGGCGAUUUGUGCUAUUACCCAGUGUGGAACCAAAAAUUUUUAGAAAUAAACGAUGACAUUUUGAUCAAGUUGGAUUCAGAGGAACAACACAGAAAUUACGAAAAAUUAACCAUAAUUGUCACAAGAAAUGAGCAGCAACGCAAAAUUAAACUGUUCUGUAUCAAAAACUGGUCAAAAAUUAAAGCUUUGCCCGACUCUACCGACGUUGUUGUCAGUCUGUGGGAAGCCAUGGGGGACCAAAAUCCAGACUAUCCUACACUAAUCUGUUGCGAUGAUGGGAUUAGGGCGAGCAGUUUUGUGGCUUGUUUUUUCUACAUGGCCGACAAAAUGAUUCACGAGAGGAAGUGUGACGUGGUUGGGGCCGUGAGGGCCGUUAGGCGGACUCAUCACAAUUUUAUUAAUUUCGAACAGUUUGUUUUUCUUUUCCACUGUGCAGUAGCAUUUUAUAAAAAUUGCGUCGAGUAGCAAAUUUAGAAAGAGAAUUCGA